GCGCAGUUUAUCGGCCGGGGUAUGACGGGGUCUCUUGCGAUAAGACGGCUUAUCGGUCACACCGGGCGAUGAGCAACCAGUCAUGUGCUACCGUUCCUGCAUGAGGUGCCUUGUCCACAUGCCCACCAGCACCCUCUGACCUUCUUCCUCGACUUCUCCCCCAUAUCAAGCUGCAGUCUACUUCUAUUCACCUCGAUCGCUCUCCCUCAACUCACAGCAAUCCGCAUCUACACAUCCCGACCAUCAAGGUGUCAAGAUGGUAGUCAUACAGAUGCCCGACUUCUGGUCUAACCUAGUCGACCCCUCGAGGCUGCCUCCCGUGAACUCGCUGCUUCGUGGAUCUCAGAUCCUCCUGGGAGCUCAAUCCUACUUCGGCCUUGAUGCCGGCAGCGCCCCAUCAUGCCCCAAUCCUCAAUUGAGCUGUCACAACACGACUGUCGUAGAGAACCUGUGCUGUUUCAACUAUCCUGGUGGUCAGAUGCUACAGACUCAGUUCUGGGACACGAACCCUCCUACUGGGCCGGAUGAUGCCUGGACUAUACACGGACUGUGGCCCGAUCGAUGCGACGGAAGCUACGAAGCCAACUGCGAUGACAAGCGUGCAUACCACAACAUCAGAGAGAUUCUGGAGUCAUUCGGCGCUACCGAUCUCCUGUCCAACAUGACCAUGUACUGGAAGGACUACAAGGGCAACGACGAGAGUCUGUGGAUGCACGAGUGGUCCAAGCACGGCACCUGCGUCUCCACCCUCGACCCCGACUGCUACACCUCGUACCGCAGCAAGGAAGAGGUCGUCGACUACUUUGCUGCCGCCGUUUCGCUCUAUUCUCAGCGUCCUAGCUAUGAAUGGUUGAUGGAUGCCGGUAUUGAGCCUAGUACAACAAAGACAUACACAAGAGACCAGAUUCAGAAUGCCUUGAGCUCGAGACACGGUCGUCCAGUCACGCUUGGCUGCAAGGCUGGAAAGCUGGACGAAAUCUGGUACCACUUCGAGGUUCGUGGCAGUGUGCAGACUGGCGUCUUCGAGGCUGCGGAUCCAGACGGCGGAAAGAGCACAUGCCCCUACAGUGGUAUCCGCUACCCACCAAAGGCCAAGGCGGGUCGUCCUGCACCAAGACCUACACAUACUCGCACUCAUGUUCCCGAACCUACUGGACCUGCAUUUAGUGGCAGAGGACACCUCAAUGUCCACACUGGUGGCAAGAGCAAAGGAUGCAUCAUCUCAGGCGGUGUUUGGUACGACACCAAGAGUUGUGCCACCUUCCGUGCUACUCAGCAUGACGGAGGCUUUAGUCUGGAGAGCUCGCGAGGUAAGUGUGCUGUUGUUGACGGUGCAUUUGAGUGUUCGUCUGAUGUCUCGGACGCCACCGUGUUCGAGAGCAAAGGAGAAUCACUUGGUUACCAAGGUCAGACGACCUUUUAUGCUGACGAGGUCCCAUACCGCUUCAACAAGAUCGACGUCUAUGUCGACAACAAAAGCCAGAAGCAUGGCACUGAGCUGGAGAUUGAGUGGCAGGCCGCAUAGGAACGCCGCAUAGUA